GACUCGAGCACGGCCAAGAAGCGGUUCCGCGUCACGUGAGCCUUUGGGUCACGUGGCCACAACAGCGGCUAGGGCGGCUGCGCGGGAGGGAGAAGAGAGGCAGCCCGCCAGGAUCCAAGAUGGCGGUUUGCAUCGCCGUGAUCGCCAAGGAGAAUUAUCCGUUGUACAUUAAGAGCACCCCAACGGAAAAUGAACUCAAGUUCCACUACACCGUGCACACCUCCCUCGACGUUGUGGAUGAGAAGAUUUCAGCCAUGGGGAAGGCUCUUGUGGACCAGAGAGAGCUCUACCUGGGGUUGCUGUACCCAACGGAAGACUACAAAGUAUACGGCUACGUGACAAACUCCAAAGUCAAGUUUGUGAUGGUGGUGGAUUCCUCCAACACGGCUCUCCGAGACAAUGAAAUUCGGAGUAUGUUCCGAAAGCUGCAUAAUUCUUACACAGAUGUCAUCUGCAACCCAUUUUAUAACCCUGGGGACCAAAUCCAGUCCAGGGCUUUUGACAACAUGGUGACGUCCAUGAUGGUGCAGGUUUGUUGAAGCUCCGUCACCUUCUACAUACCCUCUUCUGCCCCAAAAGAUCCACCCUUGUACAGUAUUGUUUGGUGGUUGUGUGUUGUGUUCUGCUUUCUCAAGCCCUGCCAUGCAAUGUAAAAAUAAACUUAUUGAAAGCUGAA